AAUAAAUCCAAAUAAAUAAAAUAAAAAUAAAUCAAUAAGUAAAAAUAGAAAAAAAAAAGAACAAAGAAAAAAACAGCCCUAACUACCUCCACUCUCACACUCCCGCUUUGUUCUUCACUCUCUCUACUCAACAAAGCCAGAGAGCUAUUUAUCAUCUCUCACUGUUUUCAGCUUCCUUUGUAUAUUUAUUUCACCACCCAUUUCCUUUUUGUUUCCUUUGAUCCCAUUUUUUUUUCCCAUUUUAGUUAUGUAAAAAUCUUUAAGCUUCCAGAUUGUGGGGGAAGAGAAUAUAAAUUGAUAAAAACAGGGAAAAAGAAGUUGAUGGAAUAAAUAAGUGUUCUUUGUGGCGGCAAUUUUUUUUCCUACUUCUUCUUAUUGAUUCUUUCCUUGGAUCAAUGUGAGUGUUGGAAGAUCUUACCUUUCGCUUUCUGUUCGCAUUUUCCUUUCUGGGUUCAAUUACUUUCUUUUUGAUUUUCAAUCACGGUUUUUUUUUUUUCCGGUUAUUUUUCCUUGUUGGGUUUGAUUCUUUGCUUCAUUCUUCAGCUUCCUGCUUACAUUUCCAGCUGAAAUGAAGCGAUAAAUCGAUGUGGACAUCUUUUUAAAGAUUAAAAUGUGGGAAUUUUAUUCGUAUAUUUCGUACUUUGGAACUCGAUUCUGUUUGCCCAAAUGGUUUUGGUAAAUUUUAACUUUCACUUCGGUGAAGUUUUUUUUAUUAAUCCGCCACCCUUGUUUUUUUUUUUUUUUUCUUCUCUUUUUUAACUCCAUUGAUGGGGUGAAAAUUCUCACAUUGUGAGCUUAUCUUUUGAGCCUCUCAAUCUUUUAUGCUGACGUACUCUUCGCUGUGUUUUGUAUAACUCUUCAAAUUGGCUUGUUUUUUUAUUGCUCUGGCUGAGGAGGGAAGACGAUCAGCAACAAUGAGGACAAUGGGAAUGGGGCUGGCUUUUGCUAUUGUAAUGUUGUUGGGGGUUUCAAUUGAUAAGGUGAAUGCUGAGAUUUUUAUAGUAACUGUUGAAGGGGAGCCUGUGGUAAGUUAUAGAGGCGGUGUUCAAGGGUUUGAAGCCACUGCUGUAGAAUCCGACGAAGAACUUGAUGUUACCAGUGAAGUGGUUACAUCUUACGCUCGUCAUCUGGAGAACAAACAUGACAUGCUUCUUGCCACGUUGUUUGACCCCGGGAGCUAUAAGAAAGUCUACAGUUACCGUCAUCUUAUCAAUGGUUUUGCUGUUCACGUUGCACCUGAGCAGGCAGAAAUUUUGAGACAAGCACCUGGAGUCAUAUCUGUGGAGAGAGAUUGGAAGGUGAGGAGACUUACCACCCACACCCCACAGUUUCUGGGGCUUCCAACUGGUGUAUGGCCAACAGGUGGUGGCUUUGACAGGGCUGGGGAAGAUAUUGUAAUAGGCUUUGUCGACUCUGGAAUUCAUCCAUUUCAUCCUAGCUUUUCAACCAGAAAUACUGAACCCUAUGGACCACUUCCAAAGUACAGAGGAAAAUGUGAAGUUAAUCCAGAAACAAAGAGGGACUUCUGUAAUGGAAAGAUUAUCGGAGCCCAGCAUUUCGCCGAAGCUGCUAAAGCCUCUGGUCAAUUUAAUCCGGAAAUGGACUUGGAUUCGCCCCUGGAUGGUGACGGCCAUGGAAGUCACACAGCAUCAAUCGCAGCUGGAAACAAUGGGAUUGAAGUAAGAAUGAAUGGCUUUGAAUUUGGACGAGCAAGUGGAAUGGCACCUCGUGCCAGGAUUGCUGUUUACAAGGCACUUUAUAGGCUAUUCGGUGGGUUUGUUGCUGAUGUAGUUGCUGCUAUUGAUCAGGCAGUGCAUGAUGGUGUGGACAUUCUCAAUCUCUCAGUUGGGCCAAAUAGUCCCCCAGCAACCACAAAGACUACAUUUUUAAACCCGUUUGAUGCUACACUCCUUUCAGCAGUCAAAGCUGGAGUAUUUGUUGUACAGGCAGCAGGAAAUGGAGGUCCUUUUCCUAAAACCUUGCUCUCUUACAGCCCAUGGAUUGCCACUGUUGCUGCUGCAGUCGAUGACCGUAGAUACAAAAACCAUUUGACCUUGGGAAAUGGAAAAAUACUAGCUGGACUUGGGUUGUCACCUGCAACCCAUGCAAAUCAAACAUUCACCAUGGUAGCAGCCAAUGAUGUGCUGUUGGAUUCAUCUGCGGGGAAGUUUAGUCCAUCAGACUGCCAGAGGCCAGAAGUUCUGAACAAACAUUUAGUAGAAGGAAAUAUCCUUCUUUGCGGUUACUCCUUCAACUUUGUAAUUGGUACUGCUUCAAUUAAAAAAGUUGCAGAAACAGCUAAGAGUCUUGGUGCAGUAGGCUUUGUUCUCGCUGUGGAGAAUGUUUCUCCUGGAACCAAAUUCGACCCUGUACCUGUUGGUAUCCCUGGAAUUCUGAUUACAGAUGUUAGCAAGUCAGAGGAGCUCAUAGAUUACUAUAACAUUUCUACAUCUAGAGAUUGGACUGGGCGUGUGAAGAGCUUCAAAUCGAUUGGAAGCAUAGGGUUUGGUUUGGAGCCUAUACUCCACAAAUCAGCACCACAAGUAGCACUCUUCUCAUCUCGAGGACCAAACAUUAAAGAUUAUAGCUUUGAAGAUGCUGAUAUCCUCAAACCAGAUAUUCUGGCCCCUGGUUCUCUAAUUUGGGCUGCAUGGUCACCAAAUGGAACUGAUGAAGCAAAUUACGUUGGUGAGGAAUUUGCUAUGAUAUCUGGAACUAGCAUGGCUGCUCCCCACAUCGCUGGGAUAGCAGCUCUUGUGAAGCAAAAGCAUCCUCAUUGGAGCCCUGCUGCAAUCAAAUCAGCUUUGAUGACGACAUCAACAACACUCGACAGAGCAGAGAAACCUCUCCAAGCACAACAGUACUCAGGGUCUGAAACUAUGACAUUUGUCCAAGCUACUCCUUUCGAUUAUGGAAGUGGUCAUGUCAAUCCCAGAGCAGCUCUAGAUCCUGGACUUGUCUUUGAUGCUGGUAAUAUUUUCGGUUUUCCCCCUAUUUCUUUUACAACCAUAUAGCAUUGCUUGGUUGUGAGUAGGAUAAUCAUAUCUUUUUUUCCCUCCGGUUUCUACCAAUUGGCGUAUUGUUGCUUAACUCUCUCUUCCGUUGGAUGAUUCCUUUUUGUAGGUUAUCAAGACUACUUAGGGUUCUUAUGCACUACGCCAGGAAUUGAUGCUGGCGAAAUAAGAAAUUACACUCAUUCCCCUUGUAAUUACACUAUAGGUCGCCCAGCAAAUUUCAACAGUCCCUCAAUAACAAUCUCACGUCUUGUGGGAACUCAGACAGUUACACGCAUCGUGACAAAUGUUGCCGAGGAAGAAACUUACGUAAUCCAAGCAAAAAUGGCACCCGAAAUUGCCAUUGAAACCAACCCUCCAGCAAUGACUUUAAGACCUGGUGCAUCAGGUAAGUUUACUGUCACUCUUACCGUUCGAUCAGUGACGGGAGCUUACAGUUUCGGGGAAGUUAUACUGAAAGGCAGCAGAUGGCACAAGGUCAGGAUACCUGUUGUAGCCAUGGGCUACAAUCGAUAAGCGUGGCCAUGGUUUCAUGAGGAUAACACUAUCUUUGUGGUAUUCUUUGGUUUGUGGGUAAUAAGAAAGAUGCAUAAGAGUAGAUUGUAUUUUGUCAAGAAAAAAAAAAAUAUAUAUAUUAUAAUAGAGGUGUAAAGUUAACAAGUGAAAGGAAGAAACUCACUACUAUCUUUCUAUCAUGUAAGUUUUGCUAAUUAUUAUUUUUGUAUAAUGGUGGAGGAAUGCCCUGUAUUCCCCUAAUUUAGUAAUAUAAGAUAAAGAAAAUUAGUUUGUUUGUCAAAAUCUCUUUUGCUUUUGACUUUUGAUCAUGUAAUAGGUGUUCACAGCUCAAAAAAAAGCAUUAGUAAUCCUCCCACUUGUGCAAUCCUGCUUUCAUACAAUCCAAUACAAAGUCAACCAAAAAAAGGAUAAGCUUGACCAAAAAAAAAAAAAAAAAAGUUGAGGCAUUUUUUGCGAUAUGUUUAUUAUAAACCCUAAGUUUAUUAUUUUGUCUUAUCUCAAAAAAAGUAGUCUACUUUAGUGUAUUAUUACUUGUUAUAGUUUAUGCUUAGCAUUGAACUCGAAACCGAGUUGCAAUUAUAAUUAAUCUCUCUUCGGAUAGAUGGUCAUUAUCUAAAUAAUGGAUGUCCACUCUGUAUUUGGCUAUUGAGUGAAGUUAGAGACUAUGAAAAUGAUUAAAUGUCCAAGAAGCACUGAACCAGAUCUGCCUAAGAAUCAAUAUAUAAAACUGCAAGUGUCUAGUGAGAUAGUUCUGCUAUGACAGGAAGACUUUACCAAACUGAUCUUGAUCUGAUCAUAAGAUAAAAUGUCAACCUAUAAUCCAUUUGGAAUAACCAUUUCGACUUAUUCAAAUCUUUUCACUUCUAGCACACGGUAUUCUGCACUUUGUUGCACUUAUAAAAACUAGGCAUUCUGUUUAUCACCAAACACUUACAUCUGAAGCAAGAAAAAAAUCACUGAGAAAUAGUUCUAAUGAAGAACAAACUCCUCUAUGGCUCUACUUUCUUCCUUCUCUUCACAGUCUUCCAAACAAACUUAUGCUUCAGUGCAGCGACGUCUAAGCCUCCCGCGGUGCGUGAUGUAGCUGGAAGGGAGCUCCGGGGAGCAGACAUCAGGGGAGGCAUCAGUUACUACAUAUUGCCAGCCAUCAUCGUUGGCCCUGACCUCGCAGGCGGCGUCUCAAAGUCGAACGACACCUGCCCUCCCCAGGUCAUCCAAGAAAACAACGAAUUCAACGACGGAAUCAAAGUAUACUUCACUAAUACGGACAUGAAAAAGGGUGUCAUUCGGACUUCUUCCGACAUCAACAUCAGAUUCGCCGACGCCACAAGCUGUUCGACUUCUCUGGUGUGGAGGCUUCAUGAGCUGGAUGCAUUGACGGGUAAGUAUUAUGUGAGUGUUGGAGGUGUUUUAGGGAAUCCUGGCCCUCAAACUGUGAGCAAUUGGUUCAAGAUUGAGAAGUAUAAGCUUGCAUAUAAGCUUAGGUUCUGUCCUUCGGUUUGCAAGUUUUGCAAGGUGAUAUGUAGAGAUAUUGGGAUUUUUAAGGACAAAAAUGGGAAGAGGCGUUUGGCUCUCAGUGAUGUUCCUUUUGAGGUUGUGUUCAAAACUUGAAAUGACUGAAAUGUUUCUUUAGGUCGAUUGUUGAUUGAUGGCUUUGUUUAAUAAAUUUGGUUGCCAGCUGCAAUUAUUGCAAGGAUUCUGUUGUGAAAAAAAAAAAAAAAAACAUAGAUUCGCUAGUUGUAAUAAUGCCAACUCCUUAUGUUAUGAGGGCAUAUCUUUUCCUCAGAUUCCUGUAACAUGAAGUUAAAUGUAAUAAAACUGUCGUUUAAAUAAAAAAAGUUACACUUUUUUGAGUGAAUAUAUA